UUUAAGGGCGGAUGGACGAAACAUUCGUUACUCGGGGAUGAUAAGUUUGGUAAAUGACUUUCUCACCAGUACUGACAAGAAGGAUAUCAUUACAUAUGUUAAGGACUUGGUGCACUAUCCCUUGAAAAAUGAUAAAUUAGACUUCAAAGUAACUGAAGAAGAUGAAAAAUUACUAAAUGAUAAAUAUUUUUAUAUCAUAUUGAGCCACACUUUCAAGUUUAUAAAUGAUUCACCAACUACUGAAAUGUUGUCACUAUGUAGAAGUUUAACAGAGUUUUCAAAAGGAGAUAUUUGGCUUGAGUGUGCCUGUAAUCUGUUGUCACACAAUGAUACUACAGAAGUCACUUUACUUGUAGUGGAGCUGGAAAGGUUCUUCUCAGAGCUAAAUCGAGUACCGGACUUUAUUUCUGCUUGCAUUGACAGUGAUGAGGCUAAAUCAGAUAGUGCACAGGCCUUUCUGGAGUCACGCGCUAGGUUGUUGUCUAACGUACCUCAUUACGUCGCUAACAUGAAACGUGGAAAUUCCUCUUACUUCACUGAUAAAUGUCAGUUUGUCAAGAAUAUUUUGUCAGCCUUCAAGGUUGUUUCCUGUACAUCACAGGUUACUUAUCAAUUUUUAGGGUUCAUUGUUAGUCAACUCUGUUUGUCUGGAUAUUCGGAAUAUGUGUCAAAUUUCAUCAUUGAAGAGACCCAGUAUAAUCCAACAGACAUUUGGUCUAAAAUACUAGUUUACAUCAACACAAAAAGCAUGGAAAUGUGUCUGGCUCCUCUCGCUAAGGAGUGUCCAACCCCCCAAAUAUAUCACGCAUUAUUAUCAGAAUUUUUUCAGAAAUCAUCUGCUUUUGAUGCAUAUAUGAGAUUAUGUCGUCGUCUAUUUUACAUCCGUCAGUUUAAAACUGGAAAUACUAUCAGGAACAUUUUUAGCUCAUUUUUCAUAGCUGUAUUAAAGUGUGAAACGCCUGAACAAUCAACCCAUCUAGCUGCCCGAGUAGAUGAGGAUCUUGGAUUACCUGCUCUUCGUGUAUGGUCAGACUUAAACUCUAUACAAGCAGCUUCUCUGGAAAGGCGUAUUUAUUUAUCUCAAAUAUUGGUAUCUUGGCUUACCGAUUUUCGAAACCAAGUGUGUGUUAAUUCAUCCAUGAACUUAUCUUUUGAUCACUUAUUGCCUGAUGUUCUUAAUGGAAUUAGUAAUCAUCUUGGAAGUCCACGAAUCGAGAUUCGCACUCUUGGUAUGGUUAUAGGGGAGUGGAUUGUAAAGUUCUUCAAUUGGAGUCCUGGCGAUGAUAACCAGAAGUUAAAAUUUGAUUAUGAAGAACUAAGUUUUCUUAGUGACAUCCGGCCGUAUUUUGUUCCUCUGAAUGUUAAGUCUAGUGAUCAUAAUACAGUUCCAAUUCUAACGUCAUCAGAUAUUGAAGCAUCCGAAAUCGCCUGUAAUUCACUUGGAAAUAACAUAAUGAACGAAAACUGUGAAACUGUUCAGCAAACUAUACAGAAACUAGAUAGUGACGAUGAUGCAGAUAGUGAUAAUGACUCAAUGACACCACUUCCCUCUGUUAAUUCUUUUAAAUGCAAUAAUAAAAUGCCAUUUUAUCUUCGUGAAUGUCUUGAUGGAAUGUUACUAUCUAAAAUGGAAGACAACCCAGUGAAUAUUGCAUGUACAAUGUCUGCAGAAAAAUUGAUCUAUGCUCAUCCGGAAGCAGCCCAAGAACUAGCACUGGAAUUUGCUCGUGUUCUUGUUCAUACUGAACCACCUGCAGCACCUAACCCAGAACAGAUAGCUCGUGCUAGGCAUGAUGCUUUAGUAGCUAUUGGUGUAGUUGCUCCCAAAAAGUGCGCACGAUAUUUAACGUCAGAAUUUUGUCAGUCAGGAAAUUCAAUUGGUCAGAGAAUGAAUAUUAUAUCAUCUGUUACUGAUAUUGCCUGUAAGUUGUAUGGCGGCAAGGAGGCUCUAAUUUCUCGGAAAUUCUCUUCAAAUCAUCAGAUUACCAGUAAUGAUGCGAUCAUUACUAACAAUGGUCAUGAGAUAAAGACCCGUCGAUUUUGUCAAAAGCGCCCACCUCCUUCUUACAUUAUUAAUAAGUUUGUUCCUUUUGCGGGAGAGUUUUUCUUUCCCUUGCUAAAAAGCAUUCCACAAUUGUCUCUUUCUUCUGUUAAAGGGCCUUUCGCCCAUCAAGACGCUAGUUUACUGGCUAGCUUAUUAGCCUCGUUGGGAACUAUUUAUGCUUGUUCCAGUUUCUCACCCGUCCAAAGUCGCAUGGCUGACGAGUUAAUCAGUUUAAUUCCUUUAUUUCAUCGACAUCCUGAACCUGCAGUGCGACGUGCUCUACUUAUAGUCGUUGGAACAGUUAUCACCACCACUCCACUGGAAAUCUUAUCGUCUAAACCUGAGUUGAUUUUUAAAAAGUCAAUCUUUUUAUCUGGUGGUACAAAAAACUCUGGAGAAAAUACUAUUUCAAGUUGGUUGAAAUCAUGUUCAUUGUCUGAUACAGAUGCAGAAUGUCAGCUCUUAGCUUCUAAUAGCCUUUCUGCGCUAUGUGAAAGAUUUUUGGAAUUGAGUCACAAUAAAAAAGAACUUUGAAAGAAAUGGCAGCGUAUUUAUUCCACUUAUUUACACUCAUUCUGUUUGUACAUAGUAUAUAAAUUCUUUUGAUCAAUAUAUGUAUAUAUAAAUUAA